GAUUUAAGCCGAGGAAGCGGCCGGAGAGAUUGCUUUGGCCCACGUGGAGGGGAAAAGGGGCUGCUGCAAUGGCGUCGAACGAUUACAGCCAGUCGGCAACACAGAGUUACGGGGCAUACCCAACUCCACCUGGGCAGGGCUAUUCUCAGCAAGCUAGCCAGCCCUAUGGGCAGCAGAGCUACAGUGGUUAUGGACAGUCAGCGGAUACCUCUGGAUAUGGCCAGAGUAGUUACAGUUCUUCUUAUGGCCAGACGCAAAGCUCUGGCUAUGGCACUCAGUCAACUCCACAGGCGUAUGGCUCAUCAACUGGGUAUGGCAGCAGCCAGACUUCUCAAACAUCCUAUGGACAGCAGUCCUCCUAUCCCAGCUACUCGCAGCCACCAGCCAGCUCCACCACCGGAAGUUACGGUAGCAGUUCUCAGACCUCCAGCUACGGACAACCCCAGAGCGGGGGCUAUGGCCAGCAGUCAAGCUAUGGCAGCCAGCAGCAAAGCUCCUAUGGGCAGCAGCCUUCCUACAACCCACCACAAAGUUAUGGUCAACAGAGUCAGUAUGGCAGCAGCAGUAGCAGUGGAGGAGGUGGUAGUAGUGGAUCUGGUGGCUAUGGCCAGGAUCAGUCCUCCAUGAGUGGAGGUGGCAGUGGAGGUGGCUAUGGCAGCCAGGACCAAGGAGGAUAUGGAGGCCAGCAAGACCGCAACCGUGGCAGAGGCAGUGGAGGAGGUGGUGGUGGUGGAUAUGGGAGAGGUGGAUUUGAUCGAAGUGGUGGCAGAGGUGGCAACAGAGGCGGUCGUGGAGGCAUGGGCGGUGGUGAGCGAGGUGGUGGCUUCAAUAAAUUUGGUGGGCCACGGGACCAAGGAUCACGCCACGAUUCAGCUGGCGAGCAGGAUAAUUCAGACAAUAACACAAUCUUUGUCCAGGGACUUGGUGAAAAUGUAACCAUUGAGUCAGUAGCAGACUACUUCAAGCAGAUUGGUAUCAUCAAGACAAACAAGAAAACUGGGCAACCCAUGAUAAAUCUGUAUACAGAUCGUGAGACAGGAAAGCUCAAAGGGGAGGCCACAGUUUCAUUUGAUGAUCCCCCAUCUGCAAAGGCAGCUAUUGACUGGUUUGAUGGAAAGGAAUUCUCGGGCAACCCUAUUAAAGUUUCCUUUGCCACCCGGAGGGCAGAUUUCAACCGAGGAGGUGGGAAUGGACGUGGAGGAAGAGGCCGUGGUGGUAGAGGAGGACCUAUGGGCCGUGGUGGAUUUGGCGGUGGUGGAGGUGGUAGCAACAGUGGUUCCAGUGGGGGCAACAGAGGUGGCUUCCCUAGUGGAGGAGGGGGACAGCAGCGUGCAGGAGACUGGAAAUGUCCCAACCCGACAUGUGAGAAUAUGAAUUUCUCAUGGCGCAAUGAAUGCAAUCAGUGUAAAGCACCAAAACCAGAUGGGCCGGGAGGACCACACAUGGGAGGUGGAUUUGGUGAAGAGCGCCGUGGGGGCCGUGGGGGCUUCGAUCGAGGCGGUUUCCGUGGAGGCAGAGGUGGAGAUCGGGGAGGAUUCAGAGGUGGAAGAGGUGGAGACAGAGGCAACUAUGGACCAGGAAAAAUGGAUUCCAGAGGAGACCACAGACAGGACCGCCGUGAGAGACCCUAUUGAGCCUGUACAGGAUCCCAGACCAUGUGAAUUUAUAAACUUUUUUAUUUUGUAUGACGUCAGACUUUGUUGCAAGUUUGUGUACUCCUUGUUCUUUGUGUAUAAACUUUGUAUUCCCUUUUUAUUUUUGUUGCCUGUAUUUGAAAGUAACCCCCAUACAUUUACAAGAAAUGGAAAUGUUUUAGUCAUGUGCAUAACUUCUCAGUAGGGUGGGGUGGGAUACGAGAGUUCAAUAAUAAAGACUUUUCAGUCAAUACUGAAAAUAAUGUGAGCGUUUUUGUGUUGUGCAGCAGAUACAGUCUCUUUAAAAGCAUUUUUUAAAAUUAAAAACUAGGUGAAAUUUUAUUAUGUGUUUUACAUUUGAAUGAAAUUCAGCUUUGAAAACAUUUGAAAAUGUGGCUGAUUCAUAGUACAAGUAUCUUUUACAGAAUUAAAACAUUUUAAUAUGUUAAGAUAAUAAAUAGUACAAAAAGGCGCAGAAAAUAACCAGAAUGUUCAAGAGUGGCAUAAACAGAUAUAAAUAACUUAGGUGACUGUAUAAAAAAAUUCUCAGAUUUGUCAUUCAAAAAACUCUCAAAUUAAGCAACGAAAUUAGCCAGAAAAACUGCGAAACCAACAGUCUGAACAUUUGCUCUCAAAAUUGGUCAAAGUGGGCCCAGAAAUAAUUUCAUACUCUGUGCAAAUAUUCCACACCAGUAGCUAGCUCCCUUGCUGUAUUUCACACUUGUUGGACUUUCGAUCAAUUGUCAAAGGCAACCCCACGUACAAUGUUAUGAUAGUUCAAACUGGAUGUUCCUGGUUGUGACUGAACACUUUUUAGAAAGUGGGUACGGUCAAGUGAGGCUUUUAUCCAGCUGGGCUUCUGAUUGGCUGUGCAGUUUUUUUUAAAAAUUGUAGCAGCUGCUGCCACCAUAGCACCAAGGAUCUUUACUGCAUGAUUGAAGGAAACUUUAUUCACAAAAAAAUACUUUCAAACAAUAGGGUUUUCAGCAAGUUUUUUCCCCUGUUGGUUCUGAACCCUUGCUAUUUUGGUUUACCCCCUAAUUUCCACACACAUUUUCCCCUUUGAUUUUCGUUUCUAAUCCCCCCCCCCUUUUAUGUUUCUGGUUCUUUUAAGAUUACUUUUACCCAAAUUUGGGCGGGGGGGGGGAGCCAAUUUUGAGGCAGUUCCUCUUGUAUAACUUUUUGGGUUUUUUGUACCACCUAUCUCUAACCUACUUUUCAGUGAUGGGAAAUUUCUGAUCAUCAAACCAGUCCUCCCAUCUUGCCUUUCUUCACCCCCAUCUGAGUUUUGUUUUCUGUUUUUUUAAUCAUCAGUUUCAUAUCACUAUAUAGACCUACCAUUAUAAUAAUAGAUGCAGCAGGUUCUUGGAAUUCCUAGCUUUCAUUUUAAAGAACUCUAGCCUGUUCCAUUGCUGAAGUAUGCCUUUUUCCUUGUAUCUCCACAAAGGACAGGGCUAGAUACUUUUUUUAAAAAAAAAAGAAAGCAGGGAGUCCAGAGAACCUGCUGCAUCUAUUAAUAUAAAUUAGAUUGAUAAAGUGAUACGAAAACAACAAUUUU